AUGGUGAAGGAUAAAAGGCCCUCUUUGGUUUUUCUCAUGGAAACCAAAGUGACAAAGAAGAAGUCAUGGAGUUUGCUUAGGCACCUAGCUUCUUUAGCUCCUCAUCCAUGGCUUUGUAUUGGCGAUUUCAACGAGAUUGUCUCUAAUUCUGAAAAAUCAAGUAACACUGUUCGUCCUCGGGGGCAAAUGGUUUCUUUCCAAAAGGCGUUGGAUGACUGUCGUUUGCUGGAUUUGGGUUUUACUGGGCCAAAAUAUACAUGGUGUAAUGGAAGAUUGGGUAAUGGUAUUACAAGGGAAAGGUUGGAUAGAGCAGUGGCUAACGAUGAAUGGUGUGGAAUCUAUGAUCGGAAGCAAUUCAAAUAUGAGGCAAGCUGGGAAAAACAUCGUGAUUAUCCCCAAUUGGUAAAGCAGGAAGCCGAUUUUGAUGCUGAAAAGGAGAUCCAGAUUAAAGAUGAUAUACAAAAUCUCCUUGAACAAGAAGAUUUAAAGUGGAAACAAAGGGCAAAGGAGAGUUGGUUGCAAUCGGGUGAUAAAAAUACCAAAUUCUUCCAUGCUAGUACAAGUCAAAAACAUCAGAGGAAUAUGGUGGAGUGUAUACUAGAUCAAGAUGGGCGACAGUGCUCCUCUCAGUUGGUAAUUGAAGAUGCUUUUGUGCGCUACUUUCAGACUUUGUUUACAGCUGGAAGCAACCUAGAUGUGGAGGAAAGCACCAGAUUUAUAAAGUGUAAAGUCACGAGGGCUAUGAACAGUAAACUUCUAGCAGAUUUUUCAAUGGAAGAUAUUGGCAUUGCUCUCAACCAGAUGGUAGCCCUAAAAGCCCCGGGUCCAGAUGGCUUCACAACAGGGUUUUUUCAACAGAACUGGGCCACCAUUCAUAUGGAGGCAGUGGAAACGGGUGUUAUUACAGAGGUACCUACUUCACCUCAUGGUCCCCGGCUCAGUCAUUUAUUAUUUGCUGAUGAUAGCUUACUUUUCUACAAAGCUAAUUCGGUGGAAUGGAGACGCAUAAUGAGGAUUCUAGAAGUCUACGAAGCUGGUUCAGGUCAAAAACUAAAUCUCCUAAAGACUUCGAUCCUUUUUAGCCGCAAUACUAGUGAAGCUGAAAGACAGGAGAUUCUUAGUUCAUUGGGCUUUUCUAAGGUUCAACGGAUUGAUAAAUAUCUUGGCUUGCCUUUGUUUAUUGGGAAGUCUAAGAUUCAAUCCUUUAACAAUAUUAAAGACCGAGUGCAGCAAAGACUCAAUAAUUGGAAGAUCAAAUUCCUGUCUCAAGCAGGGAAAGAAAUCCUUCUCAAGGCAGUGGUGCAGACAAUCCCUACAUAUAGCAUGAAUGUUUUUCUUCUUCCUAUUUCUUUAUGUAGGGAUCUUGAAGGGAUGAUGCAAAGAUUUUGGUGGGGGCACAUGGCAAAUGAAUCAAGGGUGCACUGGAUGAGUUGUGAGAAGAUGGGAAGGUCAAAAGCUAUGAGAGGUCUUGGCUUUCGUGAUCUGAUUAUGUUCAAUAAGGACAAGUGGUUACCAACACCCAGCACUUAUUCAGUACAAUCCCCUCCCAGGGUCAUUCCUGCAGAUUCUCUAGUCUCGGCCAUUAUUGAUCAGGAAACUCACGCAUGGAAUAUACAGCUCAUCAAUUCUAUUUUCAUGCCAGAGGAGGCUAAGGGUACCAAUGAUGGGGUUUUCUCGGUGAAGAGUGCUUAUCAUAUGGGCAUGGAUAGUAAUUCUCAGGGUCAAGGAAGUGCAUCGUGUGUGUCUCUAGAGAACAGAAUUUGGAAGGUUAUUUGGGCAUUUGAGGUUCCAAAUUCUGUUAAAAUGUUCAUGUGGCGUGCUUGUAAUGAUCUUCUCCCAAUGAAAUGUAACCUGUUAAAGAGGAAGAUGAUGGAGGAGACUUUGGCUCAUCUUGAGGAGUAUCAAAGAUGUAACAAAAAGGAGGAUAUUCUUUCUUCUGGGGAUCUGAUGCCGCACCCUUUUAGGCCCCGAGCAGGUUGGUGCCCCCCUCCUAGUGGACUUAUAAAGGUUAAUUGGGAUGUUUCAAUAAAUAUUACAAAGGAGUGCAUUGGUAUCGGUGUUGUGGCGAGAGAUUCUAUAGGGAAUGUCCUUGGAGCAAAGUCCCUCACAAAGAAGGUUGUUGCUAUUCCAAAGUUAGCGGAGGCUAUGGCAGCCUAUGAGGCAGUGGUGUUUUGUAAAGAAGUGGGAUUUUAUGAGAUUAUGUUGGAAGGGGAUGUAAAACAAGUUGUAAAUGAUGUGAAUUCAAGAAGCCCCAACCAUGAUGUUGCUGGACAUUUUGUGGAAGGAAUAAUUAUGGAAAUGCAAGGGCUACGACAAGUUUCUAUCUCUCAUGUGGGAAGAGAUGCUAACAAUGUUGCUCAUCUACUAGCGAAAGAAGCCUCUUCAAAGGAGAUGGAUUUUGUUUGGCUUGAAGAUUGUCCUAAUUUUAUUUUGCCUGUUGUACUUAGGGAGAUUUCCUCUCCCUAG